AUGGAGAGGCGCGGCGAGCGGGAGGGCGCUCGUGCGGGAGAGCGGGGUGGCGCUCGCGGCGGCGACCGUGGAGGCGACCGGACCGGCGAGUUCGGAGGAGGUCGUGGUGAAGACAGGGGUGACGGGCGUGGCGGCGGUGGCGGUGGCGGCGAGGGCCGCGGCGGUGACCGUGGUGGUGAGUACGGAGGAGGACGUGGUGGAGUCAGGGGCGACGGGAGAGGCGGCGGUGGUGGCGGCAGUGACAACCGCGGCUUCUUCAACAGCGGAAGCCACCCAUGCGGAGAGGGCUCCCUCGGCGGGCAUGGCGGCAACAGCAGCUCUGGCUACGGCCAUGGCAACAACGGGCCUAGCGGCUUCGGCUCCAAUGGGUACGGCGGCUCGAGCAGCUACGGCGUCGACAGCGACUGCGGCCUCCAGGGGGGCGGCGCGAACAAUAACAAGAGGAGGUACGACGGAGGUGGGGGCGGGGACGACCGCCGCCGCCCACCUUCUGGUGGCAGACAGGCGGAGGAGGAGGGCCGGGGACGGCAGCAAGACAGGGACUUGGCUCGCCGUCGCUCCCAGGAUCCGCCUCGCGCGCAGGGUCCGCGUCAACAGCCCCAGCAGUCGGGCUCCCGCAACCAGGGGGUGGUGGGCAGGCUCCGGGCGGCCAUGGUGGCUCGAGCCGAUCCCAGUCGCAGGGAGCGGCCGGGUCUCAGCGGCAUAAGGGCAAGUAAGGAGGGACAUAGUUCGGCGAGCUGCCCUACCCGUGGCAAGCCCCUCCUGCUGCAGUCCAUGGGGCACGCGAUCUCGGGCGGCGGGUUCUUCAACAUUGACGUGGAGCCGAUCCGAGAUGAGGGUCAGGGGGACCAGUUUGCGGCAGUGGUCAAGUUCAAGGGGGCGCCACUGUCUGAAGCCCAACUCUCCGACGAGCUCAAGAAUCUGGUUGACGACCUCUGGGACUGGCAGGUUACCAAGGCCACCGAGUCGGAGUUUACGGUGCACUUCCCCUCCAGGGCUACUCUCAAGAUGAGCACGGGGAGUGGGAAGCUGUACCUUCCCCUCAGCAAGACCGACGUGGAGAUUCGGGAGGCCUUUCUGGCUCCCCAGCCGGGUGAUGGCGUGUAA